AUGCUCACAGCAGUAACAAAUGCAACGGGAAAUUCGGCUGGUGCUAAACUGAGGUGCUUGUACACGAAUGCCCAAAGCAUCAUAUCGAAACUAGACGAACUAAAACUUUGGCUUGUUGAGCUGUCUCCAGAUGUUUUAGCAGUAACUGAGACCUGGCUGUCCGGGACUAUUAGCGAUAACGAAGUAGCCUUGCCUGGAUACCAAAUUUAUCGGAGGGACAGGGAACAUCGUCAGGGUGGUGGUAUCGUUGUGUAUGUGAAUGACGGUCUGGCAAUGUCGGAUAACACCACCAAGUUUGCGUGCAGUACGGAAGCUAUCUGGUUGACCAUCAAGGCUACCGGUUCCCCGUGUCUCGAUGUCCUCACUGUCUACCGACCACCUAGGACAGACCAAAUCGCCGACACUCAACUAUUGGAGCAGUUGGAGAAAUUUUCCAGUCGACCUAACAUCAUGAUCAUGGGCGACUUCAACGCACCAGGAACAAACUGGAAUACCCUCCAAGCGUCAGGUCCAAAAUCGGCAUUCGAUUACCGCCUGUUGAGCAAGACAUUAAAUGCGUGCCUCACACAACAUGUAAUGUUCCCAACGAGAACACGUGAAGGACAAAGGGCAAACUGCCUGGAUCUGGUCUUUACGAAAACACCAGACAGCAUAGACGAGAUUGCCUCCAUGCCGCCCCUUGGCCGAAGUGACCACGUAGUGCUUAUGUGGGAUUAUUCGUUAUUCUCCAUUUCACACACUCCAGGCCACACAAGGCGUAAUGUUUGGCGGGGCGAUUUCAAUCAGAUGAGGGCAGACUUAUCCGGUCUUGACUGGGGCUCUUUAUUUACGGGAAGUGCCAACGAUGACUGGGAGCUGUUCAAGAAUGUCCUUCUGCAGCUCAUCAACAACCACUGCCCACUGACUAGUAUAAUACUGAACAAACGCCCUGGGUGGCUAAAUAGCAAUCUCAAAAAAGAAAUCAACAGGAAGCACAAAUUGUGGAGAAAAUACUGCGUCACUAGACAAGCUGAAUGCUUCAACACCUACAAGACACAGAGGAACAAACUGAGGAAGCUGAUAAUGCAGACGCGGCGGGAAUUCGAGAAGAACUUGCUACAAAAAGCAACGCAGAACCCAAAAUUGCUCUACAGCUACCUCCGACGAACUACAAGGAACAGGCAUCAAAUCCCCUUGAUAAAGACUACUGAUGGCGUUGAGAUCGCUGAUAGUAGGGAUAAAGCUGCGUAUUUCUCACGGUUUUUCCAAUCAGUCUAUACAAACGAGGCAAGGUUCCUUCCUCCCUCCACAGAAGAACUGCCGACUCCAAGCGUCAGUGAUAUACUCUUCUCAGAAGGCAUUGUCCGAAGAGAAUUAGAGGCAUUGAACGAAUCGAAGUCGCCAGGACCAGACGAGAUUCCAUCCAAGCUUCUGAAGGAACUUGCCCGUGAGCUCUCUGUGCCUUUGUCGAUGCUCUUUCAAACGUCAUUUGACACUGGAACACUUCCUGUAGAUUGGAAGCUGGCGCAUAUUACUCCGCUACACAAAGGAGGUAACAGGGCAGCGACGACAAAUUACCGGCCCAUAAGCUUGACAUGCAUUCUCUGCAAAGUUAUGGAAAGGAUAAUAAAGUGUGAACUAAUGCAAUUCCUGGAAGUUCACGGCCUGCUAUCGAAAUGCCAACAUGGGUUCCGAAAAGGAAGAUCCUGCACGACAAACCUGCUGCAAUCUCUCCAGAGCUGGACCCAAGCUCUCGACGACAGGCACGCGGUCCACAUAGCCUUCAUCGACUUCCAGAAGGCUUUCGACACUGUGCCACACCAAAGGCUCUUACAUAAGCUGAAAAAAAUAGGGAUCGGUGGCAACUUCCAUAAAUUGAUCGAAAACUUCCUUGUGGGUCGACACCAGGUUGUGUGCGUCGGUCGGGGAAAAUCAGAUCCGGCUAUGGUCGAUAGUGAUGUCCCCCAGGGUUCAGUACUUGGACCCAUUUUGUUCCUUAUCUACGUGGACGAUGCCGCAAGAGAUUUGGACUGUGAAGUAGCACUGUUUGCGGACGACAUGAAGAUAUGGAGUGUAAUUCGUGGUCCUGCCGAUGAAGACAGACUGCAGAUGAACCUGAAUCGGUUGGAGGAGUGGUCAAACCGUUGGCUCCUGCGGUUCAACGUUGCCAAAUGUAGCAUACUUCGCCUAGGCAACACAGCCAGGUCCGCCAGCACAAGAGGCUACUUUCUGGGCAGUGCAGCCCUACAAGAGCUCGAAGCCCAAAAGGACCUCGGUGUGCUUACGACGAGUUCACUAAUGCCAUCCGCCCACUGUUCGAGGGUGGCAAAAACCGCAAUGUCCGUACUGUACGCCAUCAAGCGUGCGUUUAUGGACUUUGACGAAGAAGCCUUCUCUAAGACAUUCGGAACAUUCGUCCAGCCGCAUUUAGAGUACGGCAUACAAGCUUGGAGGCCGUGGGGUGUUGUGGAUCAAAACUGCCUCGAAAUAGUCCAGAGGAGAGCCACGAAGAUGGUCAGGGGUCAAAGCUCCUUUCCUUAUGCGACCCGCCUAGUAAAUCUGAACCUCUUUCCUUUGAGUUACAGGCAACUUCGCGGAGAUCUCUUGCAAGCCUUCCGCAUUGUAAAGGGGUUGGAUUGCAGUCUGGCCUUCGAGGACUUUUUUGAAUUUGCUACCACGACCAACCUCCGAGGUCACCCGUUAAAACUGCGCACUCAGCAGGCACGGCUGGAUGUGCGGAAGUUCUCCUUCUCGGUUCGGGUGGUCAAACCGUGGAAUGAGCUUCCCGCAGAUGUUGUGAUGUCACCAUCUAUACAAAGUUUUAAGAAGAAUCUGGACAUAUUUAUGUUCCGAAAUGACCAAGAGCGAUGAGAAGUCGAGCUCACCCCCUGUAACUCCUUCUCAUUUUGUCCCACCAUUAUGGGCGUGUUCGAACUAUUUCAGCCCAGAACAUCUAUCUGUACACCACACAUUUUUUACGUUGCAAAUAGGGUACUCAAAGGCUUACGCCUAUUUCCCUCAAUAAACUGAACUGAACUGACCAAAUCUACAGUGGGAAAGCACCCGGUUUCGAUGAGAUCCCUGUAGAAAUCUAUAAGCACGUCGGCCACCGAAUGAUGAACGAAAUCACGGUGGUAUUUCAGGUGAUGUGGCAUUGCGGACAGGUUCUUCAGGAUUUCAAGGACGCAACCAUUGUCCAUCUGUACAAGUUCGAAGGGAACCGGCAACUCUGCGACAAUUUCAGGGGCAUGUCGGUACUCAGAAUCGCCGGGCAGAUACGUACCCGCAUCCUCCCCAACGAUCUCAACGGCCACGUACAGUCAGGACUUCUGCCGGAAAGCCCGUGCGGAUUCUACCGACGCCGCGAAGCCACUGAUAUGAUCAUUGCCGUCCGCUAGCAACAGAAGGUGUCAUCAGAUGCGGACUCACCUCUACACCGCCAACGUCCACCUCUUCCCCCACUGACGUCCCUGCCACAAACCUCACGCCGACCACGACCCCUGUCACCGCCGAUCGCACUGUCACCGCCCCGCUGCCGCCAUCCAACGACACCAUCCGUCGCUCCCCAAACCCUGCAUCGAACGCAGCGACCAUUAUCGCCAUCACCCUCUACCGAUGGGACGGCGCCCAAUGUUCCAUCACCUUCUGCCACCACCACCCCCAGCGAUGUGGACUCGGUUCAUACCUGUCGCAGUCGCGACCGCACAUUUAGUUCACACAUCCGCCUGAUCGGUCACUUGCAAAUCCAUCGCAUGGAGACGGACGGCCAUUUACUUUAGGACCAAUCCAAACUCACCGCACCCGCAUAAACUGCCCUCGCUAUCAACGUACACUCACUCACCGAAUGGAUUUGUUGGGUCACACGUGCAUCCACGAAAAACUGCGAUAGACACUACGCAUCCGCCACCAAAAACCGCAUUGCACGACAAUACCACCACCGCAAGCACUAGAUCGCCGCAUUCCACGCAAGUGGGAAGUGUACUUCUCGGCUCCGUCUCCACGAGACUCCUUUGCUGCAUGCAUGAUCCGAGCCUGAGAUUACCCCGGUGCGUCAAGCACCGUGGCUUGGAAGGCUGCCGACUACGCCUCAAAUUAAUCUACGCAGUUUGCCCGGUUCUGUGUGUUUGUUUGGAGUGGCGGACUGGUUGCAGUGAGCAGGGCUUUCAUGACUCUUUUUCAAAGUUAUCUGUGGUACUAUGACGCAUGUGAUGAGUGCGUUAUUAAUGGGUAGCGCCUUUCAGUCGCUGACUGACGGGUUAUCCAGCCGUUGAAGAUUGGUGGCCCAGGCAAAUGCAGGGCGGUAUAAAUAAAUAAAUAAAUUUUUUAUUUAAUGCCAGUUUACAGGCACUGUCAAGGUAAGCGAUUAAACAUAAAUCCGACCAGCAGUGAAAAAAACUCCUGAGCUAAAGGGAUAAAAAUAUAGUUGAUGGUGGUUUUAUGGUUUGGAGGGCUCAGGAGAAAAAACUGCCGGCGGUGGUAGAAUAUCGACCGUCAAGAAGGGGGGAGGUUGCACGGUAUCGGAGAUUAUCGGACGUCAAAUUCCUUUCAUGAAGUUGGGGAUAGCCAAAGUAGAGGCGUUGAGGAACAGCUGGUGAGACCGGCCAUAGUGUUCAGAGACCACAAACGCCAUCGCUACGUUACAGUCGAUCAGAGUUUUCAGCACCCAAAAUUUGUGGGAGCUUUUCUGAAUGCAAAAAUCCUUCUGUGCGCCAAGGUUUGCGGGCAUCUCCUAUGUCAUGAUCAGCAAACCAUUGUCUCGCAGCCUGGUGUGCACUGGCAUUUCUCCGGUACCUGGUUCUCUGGCGGCAGAUGCCUUUGCCCUCCCGCUGGCGAUACAGGUCGCAUGCAUGGCUGCCCGCUUAUCCACGUUCUCCCCGCUGUUGUUAGUCAAAAUCCUGGUCAAGUGCUCAUUGCGGACCAGGGAUUGUGAGGUGGAGCACCGGGCGCGGGUUCUGCCGCACCAUCCACUUGAGCCCUUCCCGGCUCCGGUCUCUUUGACUCCGUCUUCACACUGGGUCCGGGUUGGGGGGAGAGAGUGCGCUAGAUGCCGCGUAAGUCUACUCUCACUGUAAACUAAUUCACACCCAAGUCACCAUGCCUUCUUCAUCUUGCUGUUGAGCAUAUGGUGGACAUCGUCGGUUGCGACGGUCGAACGCCCAUUCAAGAACGAGUUCAGGUAUACAGGGGAAAGUGAAGACAACAAUGGGCAAUGUAUUUAAAUUUACACAACCCCCGAACAGUGUUUGUAGUCGAACAAGGACGUUCGACAAAAAAUUCAAAAAAUUAAACCACAAUGUCUUUUAGUUUGGUGGGAAGACGGAUAGGUCUACCAGAAUUAGAUGAGGUGUUUGGUGGUGGGUAGAAAUAAUUGUGGCGGGUUGGUCGCCUGUGUGAGCGUGAUGGUCAAGUGACAGAGACUGAAGUAGGUUGAGACAGUGCGCUCUCGUGGUCGACAGCUUGACUGUUUACUGGCGCCCUUCUGUCCACCUCACUUUGCCGUUCUGCUCGCCGCUAGAGGCACCGAGACUUGGCACCAGUUGGUAGACACUGCUCCUUCGCUGCUUGGUCUCAGGCAGGCAAAACUCUGAUAGAAUAGAGGCGCACACUCACAUUGGGGUUAAGAACCUCAACCACACAUACUAGCCAGGUAAAAACAUUGACCGCCACUGCUUACUCAACUGCCUGAACGCUUUUAUACCUCAGUGAAAUCUUCCCUAAUAAUUGUGCUUCUCCCGACUUAAGAUUUAAAAUCUAUCGUUGUGACCCCUUCCCAAAUCCGAAUUUUUCCUUCCCAGUCAGUGUAAUAAUCAGGAGUUUACAGUACAUUACUUUCCAUCGGAAGUACGGCAUAUUUUGGCACCUGCUUCUGCAAUUCUUUCUGCGGUCCAACUUGCCCAGAUGAUCGAACGAUUUAUGAAGUUGUACGACGUAGAUAAUAAUUAAUUAUAAUUAUUUUUAUUAAAGACCCGUCGGGGUCCCAUCAAAGCAAGUAAAAAUAAAUUUACAUGCGAAUUUUAGACGAGAUAGGCAAAAUCUGUACAAAGUGCAAUAUAUAGUUUUUGAAUUAGAAGUCCGUUAAGAAAAAUGAUAAGCGAGGGGUGAAAACAAACUCCAAAUGAAAAUAUAAAAAUGAUUGGAUUAAUUUUACAGGAGAAGAAAAACCCUCGAAAAAAAAUAUAAACAGAAGAAUGCGGGCAGGACUGGCCUGCAUGUGGUGGUACAGAAUGGAUUAUAGUCGGACAUCGUCAGGGCCGAAAUAAAUUUCAGCUGUAUAUGGCAUUGUAUAACGGAUUUCAUGAAGGGGUAAGUAGGCGGGUCAGCCAGGACUGGCCUGUAUGUGGCCUUGAAUAAGGCAAAUAAGUGGGGAAAUUGAAAACCAGUCUCGAGGCGAUAGGAACCCAGAUGCGGUCGGUUACAUUCAUCCGAGUCCAUUCGAGGAUGGAGCAGGGAGAUGCGACCAGACUACUAGUAUAUGGCGAAUACAGAAGGUUUCACCAAGAGCGUCAAUGGAGCGCAUUCUGUGAGGGCACGAUGCAUGAACUGAAAAAUUGGAAAAAUUAACAUUUCUGGUGAGGGAUCUUAGGAAGCGAGACCACUCAAAAAGGAAGGAAAUGUGAACAGAUACGGAAAUUUAAUGGCGGCAUACUAAAUUCCCGGAGGCCCUUUCUCAGUGUCAUAGAAAAAGUUGUCUGGGAAGGAUGAGGAAAAUAAAAGUUUAAUCGAGUCAAUAUUCAGGUAAAGGUGUAGCCUUCUCUUAAAGGUGUAUAGAUUUUCUGAUGAUCUUAUAUUUAUUGGAAGGUUAUUCCAGAGAAAGUAUAUCUGCAAGCGAAAAAAAGGGAGCGCUUAGAGGUGGAGGACGCUGGGGGAGGUAUAAUCAAGGACGAGUUGCGAAGAUUGUAUGGGCGACCACUAGGGGUGACUGCUGAAAUCCGAGGAAAAUUUGAACUAUGAUUAAUGCGAAAGAGGAGACAGAAGCCCGCUUCUAGUCUUUGAACCCAUAAACCAUUUAGGUUAAUUAGCUGGCAUCUAUCAGAUUAGCAGAUAUUUGGAUGUUACCUAUCUAAAAGUUUUUUUAGAAAAAAGUCUUUGGACAUUUUCAAUUUUUAAACGACUAGCUUCAUUCAUCAAACCAAAGAAUGGGCAACAAUACUCGAGAACGGGAAGUACAAACAUACGAUAGAGCCUUAAUUUAAUUUCAGGAAGGUAGAAAUUGUAAGAAAUAAACCCAAGACUCUGGGUAGCUUUGCUUGUAAUUCUGUCAGCGUGUGCCGAGAGAUCAAGAUUACUACUGUAGCUUAAACUUAAAUCCUUGAUGAUGGUACAUUCAGUCAUAGGUGUGCCUUGAAAGACCACUGGUUGGGGUAGCCUAUCAGGUCCAAAACACAUAUAGCGACAUUUAGACGGAGAGAAUUCCAUUAGCCAUUUUGAGCUGCAAGCUGGAAGAGCAAGCAAGUCAGCAUGGAUUUGCUGCAGACAAUGAAGGCUCGUAGAUUUAUUGAAAGAAUAUACACAUUUGAGAUCAUCGGCAUAAAUAAAUGAUUGAGAAUGAUUAACUGCCGCCGGUAUAUCAUUUAUGCAAGGCAGGAACAAAAGACGACCUAAAACGGUAUUUUGUAGGACACGACUUAAAAAGGGAUUUCAUUAGAAAGUGAAGGUCCCACGAAAACCUUUGUUUACGAUUAGACAGGUAUGACCUGAGAAAGUCUAUUAGGCGACUGCGAGUUCCCAGAGCUUCUAAUUUAACCCAGACUUUUAUGUAGCAAUUUAUCAAAGGCUUUAUUAAGAUUAAAAUAAAUAACGACAACAGAUAGAUGGCCAUUACGAAGAAAGGUAAGUAGAUUGAGAAACGACAGAUGACAUGUUUCACAAGAGCGAUCUGGUAAAAAACCUAGCUGGGAAGGGCUAAUAACUUGAUUGGCUAUGCAAAAGUCGGUAAUUUUUACGGCGAUAAUUUUUUCAACCAUUUUGGCGAGAGACGAUGUUUUAUGGACACCUCGAUAGUUCCGAACGUCAGAACGACAGCCAGACUUAAAUACUGGAAUAAUAAUAGAAGUUUUCCAAUGGUCGGGAAAGAAGCCAUUUACGAGAAAUACUGAAAAGAUUUUGCUAAGAAGAGGAGGAAAAUCUCUUAGCUGUUUUAUGGGAGAGUUUGGGAUAUUGUCCGUACCUACUGAGUGAGAUUUAGGAAGAUGGCUUAUCAAUUUUUGAAUACAUUCAGGAGAAAAACUAAUGAUGCUAAGAGCAGCAUCAGACAGCGAAGGAACUGAAGAGAUUUGGCCAGAUUCAAUGGUGAAAUGUUUGGCAAAGAAUGAAUUUAAAAUGUCUGCUUUGCCAGACUCCUCUGUAAUGAAGGCAUCGCUAGUAGUAAGCAAAGACGGAAUGACUUGGUGGGCCAUAGCAGAUGAUCUUUGACGGAAGAUCUCAGCAACUGAUUUAGAAGCAUUCAUGUCAUUAAUAGCUAAAGACACUCUACGCCUAUCUCGCGCGAGCCUCGUUUUCGAAGCUAGUUCAAAUAUUUCAACAAUUCUUAGAUGAACUGAUAAUGAGCUCACAGAAGGAUCUUUAAACUGCUUCCGUAACUUUUUAAGUCUGUUGUUAAGAAAAAGUGGGACAGCAGUGGAAAUAACACUCGAUUUGAACAUCUCCCGAGGAAUAAGGUCAGGAAGACCUUUAGUUACGCAUUGCCAUAAAUUGUUGAAAAAUUAAGGUCAUUAUCUGGAAAAAAUAUUGUGCCAAUCAUGAGUGCUUGAACAAUUAUUUACUAAUUCCUUGUUAAUAUUAGCAAAGUCAAAAAUACUACGCUGUACUGAUGGCUUUGUGGAAAUGGCUACUGGAAGUCGACAAUGCAUUAAUGCAUGAUCACUUGCGAAAAGGUCAUGAUAGAAAUCCAUAGAUAAAGGGAAGGCGCCAUUAGUAAAAAUUAAGUCUAAAAUACCAUCGUUUCUGGUCGAAAACUAAACUAAUUGAGACAAGGUUGUAAAGUUAAUGGUGUCUUGAAGCUUCUGAAGUUUAUGAGAGGAAGUGUGUGUGUGCCAGUCAGUUUCUAGUAAAUUAAAUUCGCCUACGAUUAUCUUGACAUCGAAAGAAGUUUCUGCAAUUUUUUAAAAGAGUUCGCAGAGUUGGCUUUCAUUUCUGGAGGAGCAAGGAGGAUUACAUACACAUCCGACCAAGGCUUUCCUAUUUUGCUGAAGGAUUACCGAAGCAAAACAUAAAUUUCCAGAGAAGGAGGAAAUUUUCAAGUCAUAAGGCGAUUGUGCAAGUGAGGCUCUUAUGUAAAGAAGGCAUCCACCGCCGCGUCUUUCGGCACGAUCCUGGCGGUAUAAACUGAGGCUAUAUAUACUGAGUGCCGAGUCUGAAAUUAGAGAGUGAGCUCAAGAUUCAUUAAUGCACAAUGCGUCUGGGUCAAACUCAACAGCCAAAGUUCUGAGUUGGGCUAUCUUUUGCGCGACUGAUUUUGCGUUGAGAGAGACAAUACUGAGCGUAUUCCUAAUAUGUAGGCUCCGCUCAUUGCUACUUAUAAAAAAGGAAGAGCCGGAGGUGGAAAAUUAAGCUGUUGGAACGAAGAAAUUGGUGGAGGACAAAGUUGCUGCGGUCUAAAAUAUGUGGGGUAACUACUAAAUAGAGAUGCGGCAUUAUGUUGAAAAACAUUUGAAGGAGACCCAGGAUGAGGAAAGCUAUUUUGUUGGGUUGGAACAAUAGGAGGCAUGGAAAUAGGAUUUUGGGAAUUGUUAGCAUAAUAUGAGGGGUAGUUUAUGUUAGAUAGCGGACGUAAUGGUUUCGGCAAACAGUUAACACCAGGAAAGGGCCUUAUUGUUUUGGGUGUCAGACUAGCAAUGGGAUUGGAAAGGUUAUCACCAAUGCUAUAUACUUGCAUUUUGCAUUCUGGUGUGAAGAGGGCUUCACAACUGGGGCGUUAAGUUGAGAAUUCAGGAUAGGAACAGGUAAAGAUCGCCCUGAACUAUCAUCUGGCUUAUUUGCCAUAACCGCAAGGUCAGACCUGAGUGGUCAGGCAUGGGAACGGGGUGGAUUCGAUGUAAGUUUUUUAAAUAAAUCACUAUUCCCAGCGCUGGGAGUCGGUUGUGCUUCAAGGACUGGCUCAUGUUUACUGUUAAGAUCAAGCUCCCUAGUAAAUUUGGGAGCCGCAUUUGAACAAUCCUUGUUUCGUGGGGGAGUUUAAAAGAGGCUAGUUUUAACUGUCUCUGUGAUAAUGUGAUCAGUCGAAGAGCUAGAUGGAACUGGGGCCGCUGUAGAUAGUGGGGAGAUUUGGUCGACACCAGAUGGAGAAACUGCUUUAGAGGUAAAAGGUAUAUGAGUAUAAUUCGGAGGUGGCUUUACGUUUGUUAAUGGGGGAGAAACUCUUCGUUGCGGUGGAGUUUGAUCUCCACUAAUAAAAGUUUAUUUCCCCUGAGAUAUUGAGUCGAGGGCUCCAAAUGGGAGAAAAUAAAAUCCACUUCUAUCGACGAAAAAAUUUUGACAGGAAUUGGUGGAUUCUUGCUCCUAGAUGAAAGCUUUUUAGCCUCAGCGACCCUAAAGUUGAAGCCGCAUGAAUAAAGGAAAUGAAAAGCGACAUCGAUUGGCUGUCGACUCCUAGGAACGUUUUUUAAUGUAAAAUUGUAACUUCGUUUGUGCCUGUCUUCAGUCUCAGUAGCAACCAGGUUAAUGAGAGGUAUGAGCUUCUCACACUGCUCAGACGUAAGCGUUGGCAACUUUCCGUCAAGAAGGGCACCAAGAACAGAAAAAAUUGAUCCGUAACGAGACAUAAAAUUGUUAAAAUCUUCAAAAGCCCCUAAAUCAAUUUUUUCAUAUGAACAAUGGGUUUCAGAUGAAGUUUAGUUCCCUUCAGAUUUCGACGAAAGGUUGCCUGAGGUUUCAUGUCGAAAAAGCAAUACAAGACUUAAGCCAAAAUAUUUAUAUGGAUGAUAACUGACGAAACUUCGAGCAUAUAUGGAUGAGGCUAUAUAUGAUGAAACGAUUUCCGGAAGUUGUCAAUAUUGGUGGACCAGACAGCACGAUUUAUACUAAGCAAAUUUUACUCAAUAACAGAAUGCAAACUGGAACAAAAAGCGGGUAAGUGACAAUUUCGUAGGUGGCAAAAGAGAACUGUGAAUAAAUCUGAAUUGGAUAAUGAGGCUAUGUAGGAUAAAAUAGAGAAAAGUAUAAUUCUCAAAAAACCGACGAUAAAAGCGGUCAGUGGAGACGGUUUAUCGUUUAAAAUAUAGUGCUAUUCUAUAUUUAUACGAGGAAAACCUUUCGUAAAUGCAGGUAAGACUUGAUAGGAUUGAGGCUAUGUUGGGUGAAAAACUAUAACACUAGAUUUCUGAUUUAUUACAAAUCGCCGAAACACGACGGGGAGCGAAGAUGACUUAUGACAAAAAGUAGGAAAUUUUGUCGGAUCUACACUGGAACACCGUGCAAGAGAUUAAGAAAUUGAAUCCAAAAAUAUAACUUCCAUCACUCAUCUUACUUAAAUUCCCCUGUGUCACCCCUUUCGCACCUAAAGUCUGAGAUUGCGUAGCUUGCCCAUGAAUAAAUAAAUAAUUUAUUAAAAGACCCUGGGGGAUCCCGUCAUAACACGUAGCUUCUCUUCAUAAAAGACAGUUUCAUCUUUAAAUCGGAGCCUGUUGGAGUCAUUUGCACGAAAUUUCCGGCCCACUUCUUCACCUUGUCCCAACACAUUUGUCAACUGCCGGUAGCAUGCCAAAUUUAAGGACGAAGAUCUCGCUCUCUUUUCCCCUGUUCGUCCAUCCUCAAUGAGAGACAAUGCGUGAAACGGGUCAAGCCGAAAGACAGAGUGACCAUUCUCCCUGACAGCUCUAGUGCAUACGCCGCUUCUACGUCUGUGGCAACCGGAUUGACAGAAGUUUUCCAGUCGAUGCCAUUGCACGGCUGGGUGCCAUCCCUCCCAUAUCAGCCGAACACCGGUGUUCUGACUUCAAUCUCUUCCUUUAGGCCAUCAGCACCACCACGGUAGCUAUCUUCGGUAUCUGAUCCCUCUGCCUGGAAAUCGGACAACGGCCUGUCUUCCCUCGGAUCUUUGUCGCUGCUGACGCCCCCUGUGUCGUUAUUGACGCAGACUUCCUUGUCACGUUCCUAUCUUCCGGUCGACUGCUGUCAGUUCUAUUUCUGCAACUAGGCCACCAGCUUCACAGUCCGGGAUACCCCUACCUCUCAGAUGUUCCCAGAACUUGCGGUUUAUUUCCGUUCAUUUGGCAAGGAUAAUAGGCAAAGCCUUUGAAAACCCUAUUGAUUACAUGUCAGCUCGUUAGAAAUAACUGUACACGAACAGAAAAAAUAUUCGCCAUUAAAACAGUACUUGAUCCAUUUGAGUAGCAUUGUCUCAGAGAAAUACAUUUGCAAGAUCGUGGGGUAUUUAAUCCAGAUUCAGACUGUCGAGGGAAAACGGGGGACGCAGAUAAUCAUCCUAGCGUUUCUAGAAGACUUGCAGAGACGUAGCCUCCACAUCUGACUGAGGGAGAUCGUUCCAUUUCUCCACUACCCUCUGCGUGAAAAAUUCCGAACGAAGAUUCAGCCUGGACAUUGUUGUCCGUAACUUCAUCGAGUGACCACGAAGAUUGGGUGAAAGUUGCCAGUGAAACAUGUCCUCACAACUAAGUCCAUGUUCAAGGCCAUGUAUUAUCUUGUAGACGACGAUAAGAUCACCCCUUUGUUGCCUGUAACACAGGGAAUAAAUUAAGGCAAUUCAGUCUGUCUGUGUAGGAUUGGCUUUUUAGGCCGUUUACCAGCUUUGUUGCACGCCGUUGUACCCGUUCGAGGCAUGCUUGGUCCUUUAUCAGCUAUGUCCGCCAUGCUCGUAUGCCAUAUUCUAAGCGGGGCCGAACAAAUGUGCCGUAAACUCUGCCAAAAAGGUCUUGGUCGAAGGUUACGAACACCCUUUUGAUUGCAUGCAGCACCCCCAUGCCGUUUUUUUCGCAGUCUUGUGGCACUGCAGUGUUGAUUUCAGGUUCUUUUGUAUCAAAUCUCUGAGAUCCUUCUGUAAAUAUUCUGCGGAAUGUCUUAUAUCUUUCAGGUGAUAUGUCCUCAGGCUCUCAUUGGAAUGAGAGUUGGUUGGACGCAGAUGGAGGACGGCACACUUCUCCACAUUAAAGUCUAGAAGCCAUUCCUUCGACCACGCUUGCAGUCGGUGCAGAUUUUCUUGAAGGGAUCUCUAAUAAGUCGGACCCUAAAUGACUUGUCAGAGCUUAACAUCGUCCGCAAACAUUAUUUUGCCGCAGUCGAGUUCCUGAAGGCUGUAAUUAACAUAAAGGAUGAAAAGCAAUGGUCCUAGAACUGAGCCCUGAGGCACACCACUGGUCACGUCCACCCAUUCUGACAUAUCAUCUCCGAUACAGACACGUUGUUUCCGACCAGAGAGAAACACCCUUAUCCAGUUCAGAAAAUCUCCCCGGAUGCCGAUGGCGCUCAGAUUGUGAAGAAGGCGUUGGUGCGGGACAGUAUCGAAAGCUUUGCAGAAAUCGAUGUACACGACAUGGACCUCAAAACCCACUUCUAGAGCCCUGGCCCAGAUCUCCAGACAAGCUAGCAGAUUUGAGGGGCAGGAACGUUCUCUCCGACAGCCAUGUCGAAAAUCCUGCCAGAUGUUAUUUUCUUCACAAAAAUGCUGUAUAGCACUCUUUACUAUAGCUUCCAUCGUUUUGCUUGGGAGGCAAGUUAAACUAAUAAGCCUGAGGCUGCUUGCUGUCAUCCUGCUACCUGCCGUCCUGCACCAUAAUCCAGACUGAUCGUUUGCCAGCUUCUUGCCAAACAUCUCGACUCAUCGUCCCAACUUCAGCAUCUCUACUAAACCGCAAGAUAUUGUUCGUCAGAUCGAAAUAACCGGCUCUCUCGUGUUUCCUCGGCUCUGUCGUUUCGCUACUAUGCGUCUUGUUACCGCCAAGGCAGAGUCCAAGGACUUGUUUCAGAAAGACGUCAUCUGCCGACCUGAAAGCCCUUAGUCCUCGCCCCUCCACAUGGUUCAGUCUGUCCGCCUAAUCCUUGGCACGCUGGAGGACGUUCGAAAGACGACCACCAUCACAUCCCUUGGUCUCGCUGAGCUCCUGUACAUGCGAUUCAGACAACAACCCGUUUUCCAAACUUUCCAGAAGAUCGUACACAGAGUACUUCAUGGCAUACCCUUUGGUUACGCCUACGUUAACGACCAUUUGGUGGCUGACUCAACCGCCGAUGGACAUAGGAAACAUUCUGUGACGGUGGUUGACAUUUCUCAAGAAUUUGGCUUUGUGCUCAACCCGUCCAAGGCGUGUAUUCAGUGAGUAUUCCGUCGAGAAUCUCGGACCUCCGGCCGACUCCAUUAAUAUCCUUCCCCUUCCUUAGGAAAUCGUUGUCAUCCGUGAAUUCCAGCGCCCAACUUCCAGGCAUCAGCUGAUGUGUUUUCUUAGUGAGUUUCUAUUACCGGUUCGUCCUGAACCGUGCCAAGACCAUUAUCCCUCCCAGGAGACUCCUUGCAGAUUUGGAAGUUCCGUUCGAGCUUUCUGCAGAUAAUUUAGCUGUUCUUGAAAAGGAAAAGACUGCUCUGGCCAAGGUCACCUUCGCCCCUGACGCAUUCUGCUCUUGAAGCACCUAUCACCCUCGUAGUCGACGCCUCCAAUGUGGCAGUUGGCGUGGCUUUUCACCAACAUUUCACAGGUCAAACUCAACUGAAAGCUUUAUUCUACAGAAGUUUGUCGUUGGAGGAAUCGCACUAUAGAACAUUUGGACGGAAGGAUCUUGCUGAUUGCCCUGCUGUGAAACACUUGCGGCACUCCCUAGCGGGCAGAGACUUCACUGUGUUCACGUAUCAUGGACUGCUCUUCUUCACUUGAAAUUCGCACUCCAACAAACCGAACUCCGGGUGAUCUGUUAACCGGGCUAUAUCUCUCAUUUUGUCUCGGAUAUCCGCCGCUUCGACGAGUCACGGAAUAAAGUGGUUGAUGCAGAAUCCGGGGUCUCUAUUGCUAAUCAUCAACAAAAGUCCGGAAUCGUCCUCACUGAAAAAGCUAAAAAAACCCUGGAUUACUUCUCACUGCGGCAGUGGUGCUUCCUAAUUCCAAAUCCAAGACUUCCCACUGACUGCUGGCGCUGAUACCACUUACCGCGACGUCUUCACCGCCGCCUACUGUUCCUUUGUGCCGCCAUCCCUCCUCCGCAAGGUCCUAUCUCCGCACAAUCUCUCACCUGGAAGUCGAGAUAGUGACGACCUGGUUCCCAACCUCUCCGUCCGGCCUGAAAAGCACAAGGAAGCAGAAACUUCGGUGGGGCGUGUCCAUGCCCUCAGCUGA